UUACGUGGCCAACAAAGCCUCUCAUAACAGUGUGCACGCCAGCACUUACAUGGCCAAGAAAGCCUCUCAUAACAGUGUGCACGCCAGCACUUACGUGGCCAAGAAAGCCUCUCAUAACAGUGUGCACGCCAGCACUUACGUGGCCAACAAAGCCUCUCAUAACAGUGUGCACGCCAGCACUUACAUGGCCAAGAAAGCCUCUCAUAACAGUGUGCACGCCAGCACUUACGUGGCCAAGAAAGCCUCUCAUAACAGUGUGCACGCCAGCACUAACGUGGCCAAGAAAGCCUCUCAUAACAGUGUGCACGCCAGCACUUACAUGGCCAAGAAAGCCUCUCAUAACAGUGCACCAUACUCUUAGAUGCAACCUGGCCAGGAAAUACUUCUACGAUUGCGGGCUACUCAUUUGGACAACGGUAGCCAAGGAAGGCUUCUACAAUUGCAAGCUAUGCAUACAGACAACGUCUUCAAUUGUGGGCAUUACUUAUUGAUGCCCCCUAAAGAGUACUCAUCUAUCUUUACAAGUCGCAUUGCCGGCCGGCCAUUUUAAACACAAGUUAUUAAACAGAAUUUGGCAUCAUCGUUAGUAAAAUUAUAGUCAGAAUAAUAAAAGGGAGUUAUAUCACCACUACGUAGCUUUGGUAACAGCAUCAGCGGGACUUUCUGCACUUUUUCACUCAUAUAAAAGUUAAACUCACUUUAACUACUUUCUUAGAAAACGAGCUUGUCACGACAAGAUUUAAG